AUCGCGAAGGAGACUGGUCACACCGACGGCCACAUCAAAAUCCGGGGGUCUGGCGUGUGACCCUGUUAAUUCUAUUUAGCAAUAAAGUAGCUGUGUAAUAUAAGAUAAGACUUGUACCAUUGAAACCGUGAUAUAUAGCAAAUUCUAGUGUUAUUUAUGUGGAAAAUAUGGAACGUGCUACUGGAACAGAAGUGUACGGGUGUGGCUCGCCCCAAACUACAGACAUAACGCUGAAUAUACAAACGACAACUGGUGGUAACUUUUCAAUCAGUUUGAACGGUAAAAAUACAGUGGAGCACCUCAAGAAAGUGGUUUCAAAGAAGCUGAAAGUGUCUAAAGAUCGAAUAUGCCUUCUGCAUCGCGAAAGACAACUAAGGGAUGGCACUCUGGAAGAGAAUGGUCUGCUAGACGGGUCACGCGUCAUCCUGCUGCCAAGCGUGGAGACAGGCCUCCUGAGUCAAAGACCUGAAAAUUCUGUGAUGCAGGCGCUAGAAUCCCUAAAUGACACACAGGUUAAUGAUUUCCUGAGUGGGAAAUCACCCUUAAAUUUAACAAUGAGGUUAGGUGACCACAUGAUGUUGAUCCAGCUGAGAUUAUCAACACUUGAUUCUAUAGCUUCAAGCACCUCUCGGUCCAUUCGCACAUCUACACCCACAAAGAGCGCCACUCCAGCAACUCGCACCAAAAGUGAUACCAGGGAAUCUCCCAGCCCUCAGAAUACCCCACAAAAACCAGUAGACAAUGAUGAAAUGUUUGAGGAAACUGAGAAUACAAAGCCAGAACCACAGACACAUGUUCUGCAAAAACAGGACUUGGAAAUUUUGCAGAAUGCUUUUGAGUUUUACAAAUCAAUGGCAGAAGAGAAAUAUGCUGAAAAACCUGAAAGUAGUCCAGAAAAAGAUGAGUCCAUGGACACAACAAACUGUACACUUUCAGAUCUGUCUGAUACAUCAUUAGAAAAUGAACAAUCUCCAAUUAAAUCAUUAUCUAAUUUGGUGUCUAGUCCUAUAGAUGUAUCUACCUCCGAAGGCAGGGAUGCUGCCCUUGUGAACAGUGUAAAAAGUAAUUUGAUAGAUUUGUUAUCACAGAAUAAGUUAGGUAAUGAAGGGAUCCCUUCCACAAGUGCCAUUUGUGACAAAGCCUGUUCUACGUCCUCCAGCACCCCUGAUAGCUCAUUUAGUGAUGAUAGUGAUAAUUUCACUGAUCAAAGUUCAUUCCUAGCCGAGAGCACUAUAGAUGAAUACCCUAUGGAGAAUCUCUUUAACAGUGCUGUGGAUAAAGGUUUGUUUGAAGAACAUGAUGAAUCUAUGAUGGACCGAGAGAUCUCAAACCUGGCUACAACCAGUCACGGGACACAGGAAACCACUGGAGCAUUACCAUCUUUCCAGAGUAUAAAUGAACCACUAAAGAAUAAGCGCUUUCAAUAUUUACUCCACAAGACUUCUAAAUUCAAGCACCCUAUUGGACAAAACAAGCAGAAAGCAUUCAUGCAGUCUGUGGUUAACAAACACAAGAAAAGGAUGCAGAAUAGACAGGAUAGCAAUUUGGUUCAGCCUUCUACAUCGAGGACGGAGCCUUAUAUUACUAAUUCAAGGAAACUCAUCCUUCAGCCAAGCAAUGGGCAGGUGGAAGAUAAUGCCACUCCUUCAACUUCAAAACAGAUUCCAUUCCGAGCACCUGAUGCUCCGAAAAAACCACAAAGGGCGUCACCCACGCCACCUGUAGAUACUAAAGCUCUCAUAGAAGCAUCAAAGAACUUAACCCAGAAGCUAAAGAAGCUGUCAAAGGAGGUAUUGACGAAUAAGAUUGAUCUCAGAGCUGCAGAGGAGACGGUGCGCACUAAAAUUGGCCCUGGAGCUGUGAUAGAGUCCAUGAAACAUCAUGGCAAAGGAAUAUAUUCAGGGACCUUUUCUGGCACACUGAAUCCUGCACUUCAAGACAGAUAUGGCCGACCAAAGAGGGAUAUAUCCACAAUCAUUCACAUACUGAAUGAUUUAUUGUGUGCAGCGCCGCCUCUUGCAUUGGCACAGAAGGACACCAAGCGCUCAUGCUCAUCUAACACAGAAUCAGAAUCGAACAAAUGCUUAGGCUGCAGCCAGCCCUCCUGCUCGUACGGCCAGUGCGACGGCCACCCGCCGUCCACGUCCGCCGCGCAGCCCUGCGCCUGCGACCAGCGGGACUGCCGCUGCGGCCGGCUGCACCGCAACGUGUGCCCGUCCUGCUCGGCCAAGUCCGUGUCUGGCGAAUUGUGCAAGAAGUGUAACACGGCCAAAAUAUUAGCCUUGGAAAACUCCAAGACCAAGUGCAAAUUGGAACAACUUAGGCUUGUCAUGCAGCAAAAGAAACAGCGACGCGAGGCGCGGAAAUUGAAGACCAUGCCUUACAAUUUGCCAACUAAGAACUUGGCCGCGGCCGACAAACCCGCCCCCAUCCCAGAGGAGAUAGAAACGGUUGCUUAACACGCAAUAUUAACGUAAUACCCUAGACUAACGGUGCGUCGUCUUGCUGCUUUGUAUGGAAAUUAAAAAUUUUCAGUGUUUGCGAGGCGAGCUGACGGCAUGGCGCGCAUUAAUUUGCAUCGAGAUGUCUCCUGUCGUAGGCGUUGUAUUGUUAGACUAAAGCCCUCCGAAAUAGUUUUAUACCUAAACCGAGUGAACAUAUUAUUGUGACUGUAAAAAGUGAUAGAUUGUGUUUAGGUGUGAUAUAUCUUAAAGGAGGCCUGUAUAGAAUUGUAACCUGUCUGCAUUUGGAAACCUUCAUGUGUAUCCGAGUACUACACCAUGUAUUGCUUAUACGAAAAGCAUUUGCAAUGGUGAUUUCAAAUGUACUUUCAGCUUUCAGAAUAUGCUUCAUGCGAAUAUAUUCAAAUGCUUAUUGUUGCUGCAACUCUGAAAAGAAUGGGUACUUUCUCUCACAUUUAUCAAUGAAUAUGAAUUUAUUUUGUAACUGUGAAGUAUUACGUAGCCUAUUGUUUUUGUAUAGGGUACCCAUGGAGGUAGACUUGGGUACGCAUGUAUGCCUCAGGUUUACAUAUGGAUCAGCCAACGACAUUCUAAAUUACCAUUCUGACUAAGUUCGGAUCAUAGAAGUAAUCGUAGCGGUAAUAUUUUAAGUGCUAUUAUACGCAUGUACAAAUGAUAAAGAUUGAUAAUUAGCAAAUCACUAUAGCGUUGUAGUUAAGUAAGUCCUGCGAUAGUUGCCUGGUGCGGCUUGAAAUUGGUUUUUGUUGUUAUUUUUUAGAUUAUAUUUUAUUAUAUUAUUGGUUCAGUCACCUUUUUUAAAUACUUUGCAUAUACUUAGUUUAAUAUUUUUGACAAUCGAUAAACGUUUCGAAAUUUUAGCCCAUUGUAUUGAUAUUACUCAUUUUGCUUUUUAAUUGUUUUAACAGAUUAUUCUGGAACUCAAUAUAAUGAGUCAAAUUAUAUUAUCUUGUGGAGCUGUAUGAGCAACUUUUAUCAAAGAAAAAACAGAUCAAUUGCGGGUUGGGCUCACUCAUACUGGGUUCCGUACUAUUGCUAUUUAAUUUAUUUCUGCAUAUUCACAGAUAUAUAGAAUUAUUAUCAUGAUAAUCUGUCUGUUACUAUGACGACGCAGUAUCGCGCAUUUCUUGUCCUCUCAAACACAUAGUUAACUAAUAUUAUCUGUGGUACGAUAUACUAAAAACCGAACUAAUAAUAUAGCACACUAAAGUUGUUCAUAUCAAAUUGCUCUUAUGCCUCGAAAAUACAUACCGAUAAAAAUUGUAAACAACUUUUAGUUUUUAAUUUACCAAUGGAAAUUUCACAAUGUUCCAGUUACAUUAUAUCCCAAACUAUUAGGUAGAUUGGCACUGUUGUUUAAAUUCUUUUCGUUAUUUUUAUUUUUCUUCUCAAAUUUGUUGUUAAAUUAAUAAAUGUUUUCAUUGCACA